GUUAAAUUUACAGGGCAAAAACUUGGUAAAGGAUCAGCGGGUGAGGUUGAACUUGGAGAAUACGAAGGAAAAAAAAAGAAUAAAAAUCUUCGAUCUGAAAAUAUAACUGAGUUCUAUGGUGUGGCAAGAUCCCCAAAUGACAAAACGUAUUUGGUCACGAAAUUUGCUGAAAAGGGAACUUUACGCGAUUACUUUGAAAAAAAUGAGCCUGGUUGGAGCAUAAAAGUAAAAAUGACUGUCGAUAUCGCGAAUGGUUUGUUAGAAUGUCAUAAGUAUGACAUCGUACAUUCGGAUCUUAAAUCAGAAUAUAUUUUAGUGGAUUUCAGUGAACAAGCACUUGCAGAACUAGACCUUGGAGAGAAAGCUGGUGGUAAGCAAAGACACCGGACGGCGUACCUACCUCUCGGAUUAAAUGCACAAUUAAACGAUACCGACAUAUAUUAUCUUGUAUUGGGUGAUUCGUUUGCACGUGGUGUUUUUAAACACAAAGGCAACAAAACACCUCAUUCGUAUUCUUAUGCAGACGCGUUAUAUGAACGGCUCAAGGAGACAAAUCCUAAUCUUGUUCUCAAAAAAUUUGCGCGUGGUGGUCAAACCACUGGAACUCUUAUUAGUGAUCAAUUAAAAAGAGCUACAAAGUUUAUGAAACGUAAUAGUGGAUUAACAAAACUUGUUACAAUUACUAUCGGUACAAAUGAAUUUGCAGGCUGUACUUCCAAAUGUGACAAUAGGCUUAAUAAAAUAGUGUAUAAUUUAAACAAUAAGAUAAUUCCCAUAUUAAAGAAAGCAGGAGGUGAGGGUGUGCAAUAUUGGGCUACUACUUAUCAUAAUAUACGCUUAAAUUCUAAUGCACUAGAUGAUAGUUUAAUUAAAGUUUACAACGAUAAUGGGGUCAAAGUAGUGGAUAUGAGAAAUAUUAUUACAAACGAAACAGCGUGCAGUUAUACUUACUCGUGCGAUUAUCAUGAUAAACAUCCAAAUGUAAAUGGUAGUCAUGCAAUUGCUAAU